GAGGAGGAGGAGUGAAACAGACUUGCUCUUUACAGUUCAUGUUCUCGCACAGUGUUGUUCAGCGGCUCGUCAGAUCACAACGAGCUCUCUGACUUGUACCUGUGUGCAGCUCAUCUCACCUGGGGAAAGUUUUUUUUUUAUUUUUAUUCCUGAACCUGGAAGCUGUUGCUCUCAAGAGGCGUCCUACUCUAAGGUGACAACAUGCUGAAGCAAGUCGUUUCGUUCAGCCGCUCCUUGGUGCGCAGGAAAGUGGUGGACAUGAACAGCUUGGAGGACUCCAAGCUGUGCCGCUGCCUGGGAACCGUAGACCUCAUUGCCCUGGGGGUGGGCAGCACCCUGGGGGCCGGGGUCUACGUGUUGGCCGGAGAGGUGGCCAAGGGAGACUCGGGCCCCAGCAUCGUCAUCUCCUUCCUCAUCGCCGCCCUGGCCUCCGUCAUGGCCGGCCUGUGCUACGCUGAGUUCGGGGCCCGCGUCCCCAAGACCGGCUCCGCUUAUCUCUACAGCUACGUGACGGUGGGGGAGAUCUAUGCCUUCAUUACUGGCUGGAACUUAAUCCUCUCUUACGUCAUUGGUACGUCCUCGGUUGCCAGAGCUUGGAGCGGCACGUUUGACGAGAUGACUGGCGGACACAUCGAGGUUUUCUGCAAAACCUACUUCAGCAUGAACUUUCCUGGCUUGGCUCCGUAUCCGGACUUCUUUGCCGUGUGCCUCAUUCUGCUGCUCUCUGGGCUCUUGUCUUUUGGAGUGAAGGAAUCAGCCUGGGUCAACAAGGUCUUCACUUCAAUCAACGUGCUCGUCCUCUUGUUUGUCAUCAUUUCUGGCUUCGUCAAAGGGGACACACACAACUGGAAGAUAACCGAAGAAUCUCUCGUCAAUAUCACGAUAGUCACAAGGAACUUGUCGGCAACGGCCAACGUGAGCAGUGACUAUGGCGUUGGCGGCUUCAUGCCCUACGGCUUCAGCGGGACGUUAGCCGGAGCCGCCACCUGCUUCUACGCUUUCGUCGGAUUUGACUGCAUCGCAACAACAGGAGAGGAGGUGAAGAACCCCCAGCGGGCCAUUCCCAUCGGCAUUGUGGUGUCACUGACUGUAUGCUUCCUGGCGUACUUCGGCGUCUCUGCUGCGCUCACAUUGAUGAUGCCCUAUCACCUGCUGGAUGAGAAAAGCCCCCUCCCCAUGGCCUUUGAAUAUGUGGGCUGGGGGCCUGCCAAAUAUGUGGUUGCUGUGGGUUCACUAUGUGCCCUGUCUACAAGUCUGCUGGGCUCCAUUUUCCCCAUGCCUCGUGUAAUCUAUGCUAUGGCAGAGGAUGGGGUGCUUUUCAAAGCCUUAGCCCGAAUCAAUCCUAAGACGAAGACCCCAGUUAUUGCCACUAUGAGCUCCGGUGUAGUUGCAGCCAUCAUGGCUUUCUUGUUCGACCUUAAGGCCCUGGUGGACAUGAUGUCUAUUGGAACUCUGCUGGCCUACACGCUGGUUGCCGUCUGCGUGCUCGUUCUCAGGUACCAGCCAGAUGGAGAUCUGGGGAGGCAGCCAGGGAAAGGUGAGAAGGACUGCUUAGCAUCUGAAGAGUCCGAACUGACAGAGUCAGAGUCCCACCUGAACAUGCUGAACGGUGGUAACUCCAUCCUUCAGACUGUCCUCCACCCUCCCCUCUUACCGUCCGAGAAGUCGUCUUCUGUGGUCAACAUGUCCAUCGGUGUCCUGGUGAUUACAGUUUGUGUCAUCAGCUAUCUCACCACCUACCACUUUAACUCAAUCGUUGGUUUGGAAGUGUGGAUGUUGGCGUUGCUGUCCGUGUGUCUCCUUGUCUUCAGCUCCUGCGUGUUCAUGGUCUGCAGGCAGCCGCAGACCACCAAGAAGGUCUCCUUCAUGGUACCCCUCCUGCCUUUCCUGCCAAUUCUGAGUAUAUUUGUUAAUAUUUACCUCAUGGUCCAGCUGAGUGGAGACACCUGGAUACGUUUCUCUGUCUGGAUGGCUGCAGGCUUCUUGAUCUACUUCAGCUAUGGUAUUUGGCACAGCGCCGAGCGACAGCGCCACCGUCAGGACGCGCACGGCAACGGCGACGCAAACCAGCUGAGCAUGAAAGCCGUCCAGGACAAGCAGGUCGAGACAAACGAGGCGGGAAAGGAGCAGGAGCGCUUCAUCGGCCCGGACAAAACCAGCCAGUGUUAAAAGCUUACGGACUGUUUCACAGGCAGCAGAUGCAAAACGAAACAAAACCAAAAAAAAAAAAAAAGGCACUCAGCGACUCAAGCCUCGACGCACCCGUACAUAGCGGCUCCUUCGUGUGUACGAAUCUCACUACAGCACCUUGGGUCUGCUAAUGCAGUGUCAGUAUUCUGGUGAGGAGUUGCUCCGUCUCUGCGACCACAAAGACGUAGAUCCCAGAGCGCUCUCUGGACGGCAUGGAGGGGGGAAAAAACCAAAACAAAA